AUGCUUCAAGCACUAGGAGGCCCCGUGCCCCCCAACACUGACCAUGCCGUUAGUGUCUCUUUACCAACAUGGAGAGCCAAUAUUGGUUAUGAAGAGGGAGAAGACUGGGUUAUGAGCAAGAUGCAAUGCGGAUACCCUCGAUUCUUCGUGCACCCUACCAUUCAGAAACUCGUGGUGGAAAUUAUUCAACGCGUAGGAGAUCAGAAUACAGAAACGGCAACGCUUUUUGCAUCUCUCAAGACCGCGCAGCUUUGCCAUUCGUUCAUCAUAUCCAAAGUUUCCGACGAGCACUCGCAAAAGGUCCGAAUCGUGAACUUUAUUCCCUCUGCGCAUGCCGAAGCUGGAUCGACUUCCAUCACAUCCUCCUUGGUCAGUGUGAUCUAUCCGAAGGAAUUUGCACCAAUUGCAAAGCAGGUGUGGCAGCAUUCCGGCAACGGAAUCUCAAGUCGGCGGGGUGAGUUCUGUCUCCGUGCCCUGCAGGAUGGGUUGCUUGUGGAAGACAAAGGCUCUGUUACAGCCGAGUCCCUUUCUCAGCGACCUUGUAAGGGCCCUCGAAGAUACCAAGGGCGCGGCUCCUUGAGCGGAGUUGCCUGGGGCGCUUCGACCCCCACGGCAUCAUCGCCCGCUCCCACGACUAAUGGCGUGGAGGAUGGCCGAGACAAUGCUCAAUUCAUCGAGGAACGCUUUGGUCGUAACCUCAGUGCCUUGUACGCCACGCAGGCUAAGAUUGCUGUCCGAAAGCGCAUUGCCGGUGUUUUGACUGCUGACGUUGAGCUACCCGAGGCCCUGGAAACAGCUUCGUCGGGUGGUCGUGUCGAUGAUAUCUCCGAGGAGGAUGUCCUUCUCUACCCCUCUGGCAUGAGCGCUAUAUUCAACGCUCAUCAGACUCUGCUGAGUGCGCGGGGCCCUAUGCAAAGUAUCUGUUUCGGGUUUCCAUACACCGAUACCCUUAAGAUCUUACAGAAGUGGGGGCCAGGCUGUUUGUUCUACGGACAUGGCUCAUCCGAAGAUUUGGAUGAUCUCGAAACCCGCCUAAAGAACGGGGAGCGUUUCCUUGGGCUCUUCACCGAGGCUCCGGGCAACCCUCUACUCAAGACCCCAGAUCUAGUGCGCAUACGAGCCCUGGCCGACCAAUACGGGUUCGCGGUCGUGGUCGAUGAGACUAUUAGCAAUUUCCUCAACAUCAACGUUCUUCCGUAUGCAGACAUUGUCGCUAGCAGUCUUACGAAGAUUUUCAGUGGCGAUAGCAAUGUAAUGGGAGGAAGUGUCAUCCUGAACCCUCACGGAAAUUAUUACCAAAAGUUGAAGGAAGUUUACGCCCAAGACUAUGAAGAUAUCUACUGGGCAGAGGAUGCUGUCUUCUUGGAGCGGAACAGUCGCGACUUUGUGACGAGAAUCGACAAAAUCAAUCGCACGUCGGAGGAAAUUACAGCCAUGUUGAAAGCAUCUCCUCUGGUCAAGGAAGUCUACUAUCCUAGAUACAGCCAUACAAGGCCCCUGUAUGAUAGUCUUCGCAACCCUAACGGUGGCUAUGGUGGUCUAUUCUCUGUCACCUUCCACUCGAACGCGGAAGCCAUUGCAUUUUAUGACACCUUAGAGGUCUUAAAGGGACCUAGUCUCGGCACCAACUUUACUAUCAGCUCUCCAUACGUCCUCCUAGCUCAUUACGGUGAACUAGACUGGGCGAGAUCUUUCAAUGUCGAUCCCGACCUCGUCAGAAUCAGUGUUGGACUAGAGGACUUGGCCGACUUGCGCUCCAGAUUCCAGCGGGCUCUCGAGGCAGUCGAGAAGGUGAAAAAUUAG